AUGAAUGAGCGCAAUGUGUAUUUUGGCCCGAGUUCGUUGAAGAAGUACUUCGACCCGGAUAGCCAGCCACCAUUGCCGCUUGUUGAGUUGCCGGAACAUCUGAAUCCUUACUAUUGUGAUGGAAUUCGGAUUUAUGCCAAGAUGAUGACUAUGCAUCCUGCGAACAAUGUCAAGGCUAUGCCAGCGAUGAAUAUGCUCGAAUCGACUGUGGACCCCACAAAGACAAACACAAUCAUUGAGUACAGUUCGGGCUCUACGGUGAUCUCUAUGUCCAUGGUUGCCCGAGUUAUGCAUGGGGUGCAGGAUACACGAGCGUUCCUGAGCAACAAGACCAGCGACGCCAAGUUGAAGUUGAUGCAGUUCUUCGGCCUAGACAUCACUCUCUUCGGUGGUCCCUCGCAGCCCGAGCCCAUUGACCACCGGGGUGGUAUCCAAAAUGCUCGCAGAAUGGCUGCGGAGUCUGAUGAUAUCGUGAACCCAAAUCAAUACGAGAACGAUAACAACUGGCAAUCACACGUCCGGUGGACAGGUCCACAGAUUUUCAAGCAGCUGCCAGAAAUCAAUGUCCUCUGUGCUGGCAUGGGCACCUCUGGCACUAUGACUGGCUUGGGGACAUACUUCAAGAGCGUCAAGCCGUCGGUGAUGCGACUUGGCGUCUGCACUGCCCCUGGAGACCGCGUGCCUGGACCCCGGUCAUAUGCACUCAUGCGGCCUGUUGAGUUCCCCUGGAAAGAAGCUGUGGAUAGCAUCGAAGAAGUGGGCUCUGAGCGCUCGUACACCUUGUCCCUGAAACUAUGUCGAGAGGGACUGGUAUGUGGUCCAUCAUCCGGAUUUAAUCUUCAAGGUCUGUUUCAGAUGCUGGAAAAGCGGAAGAACGCCGGCACGCUCGGUGAUUUGGCAGGCCCGGAUGGACUGACGCAUUGCGUCUUCCUAUGCUGCGACCUUCCAUACCAGUAUAUUGGCGAGUACUUCCAAAAACUCGGAGCUGAAGAGUUCCCUCCGAUCCGCAACGAGCGGUUGGCCAAUGUGGAUCUACACCGAUACGACGAGGCAUGGGAACGGGACGCGCUCGAGGUUCUCCCGCAAGUGUACGGGUCGCCACGAUCCCUAGAACACAGCCUGCUCAGCGAGAUUAGUCUCAGGCCGCAGCACCGGGUGAUUGAUCUACGACGCACAGGGGACUUUGGCGCAUGGAACCUCCCCGAGUCGAUCAACCUGCCGAUGAACAGCCUGGGGCCGCACACGUCAUCACCGUUUUCGGAUCCGGCGGUGCUGGAGGCCCAGUGGGUGGAGCUAGAGAAGAUCUUCAAUGACGGCAAACUGGUGACGGAUCUUGCAUCGCAUCACAUCUUGGUGGUGUGCUACAAUGGAGACACGGCACGCGUGGCUACCAGCGUGCUCCGGGCGAAGGACCUUGAAGCGGACAGUGUGCGGGGAGGAUACCAUGCCAUGAGUAUGUAUGGCAUCGGGAGCGAAGCCCCGAUAUCUUCUACCAAAUUUCCCAUUGCGGCGGCGGUGUCUGUCUCGGCGGUACCCCUUGAUUGA